UAUUCAACGUGUGUACAGCGUCUUGUACCAGAUUAACUUUUCAUCCCGUAGAAGAAGGCCAGACACUAUGUAUGUCGCAGCAUUUAUUUCGUUAGUUGGUUUUGCGAGUGGAGUUUUGUCAAAUAGUAUAUUUUCACCAUGCAAACUGAACGAUAAGUCCUGUAUAGAGAAAUCAGUAAACCUUGCGCUACCAAAAAUAAUUGCCGGGAUCCCGGAACUCGGUAUUGAAUCCUCUGACCCGAUGUUCGUCGAUUUAAUCGAAGGAAACUUAUCUAUCAUAACGUACAAAUUCUUCAAUACUACAAUCGAUGGAUAUAAAGACUGCACAGUUACAAAUUUAAAAAUUGACGAAGAACUUACAAAACUACAUUAUGAUCUGAACUGUCCUAAACUUCAAUUAAAUGGAAAAUACGAAGUCAAUGGACGUCUCAUUGUAUUACCAGUGGAGGGAAAAGGAGAUUUUAAUCUGGUUGCAGGAAAAUAUUUAAUGACUGCCGAAUGUGAUUUGAAGAAAAUCCAAGGGAGUGAUGGAAAAACUCAUUUAUCAAUAAAGAAUUUCAAACUGACGAUGAAACCGUUGGCUCCUAUAAAAUUCAGGUUCCAAAACUUAUUUAACGGACAAAAAGACUUAUCUGAUGCAGUACAUAAGUUUGCUAAUGAAAAUUGGCUAGAAGUAACGGAGCUAGUUCAAGAACCAGUCUGGAACACUUGUACAAAAAAAAUCUUCGGCUAUGUUAACAAAUAUCUGAAAACUGUCGCACUUGAAGACCUCAUUCUAAAUUGUAGUAUUAAUACACCUUGUAAAGUCAGUGAUUCGUCAUGCAUGGAAAAAUUCCUGAACACCAUGCAGAAAGAAAUAGUUAAUGGAAUUUCAGAACUCGGAAUAAAGAACUCGGACCCAUUAUUCGUUGAAAUAAUUGAGGGGAACCUGUCAAUUUUAAAAUAUACGCUUUUUAAUAGCACCCUUAAUGGAUACAGAGGCUGCUUCAUAUCAAAUGUAAAGUUAGAUGAGGACGUUACAAAAUUGAAAUUCGACUUAAACUGCGAUAGACUUAGUAUAAAAGGUAAAUACGAGAUGAGCGGACAUCUCAUAGCGUUGCCGAUAGAAGGAAAAGGCGAUUACGAAUCAGUUGCAGCAAAAUAUAUAGUGCACGUCGAGUCUGAUUUGAAUAAAGUUAAAGGAAGUGACGGAAAACUACAUUUAUCUAUCGAUAACAGUAAACUGAAAUGCGUACCUCAAGAUAUUAUUACAUAUAAUUUUGAAAACUUAUUUAACGGAAGAAAAGAUUUAGCGGACGUGAUACAUAAGUUUGCUUUUGAAAACUGGAGAGAAGUCGCCGAACUAGUUCAAGAUCCAAUUUGGAACGCAUUGUUUAAGAAAAUUACCAUCAGUAUGAAUAAAUAUCUUCAAAAUAUUCCAUUGGAAGACAUUAUACAAAGUUAAUUCACAAGAAAUGGAAUAUUAACUUAUUAAAUUAAAUUAGAUAUUUUAAAAAAA